CGAUAUGAAUAAUCAUCCGAUAGUUCUAGUUCUGCGAACUAGAACUAUGCGAGAACUAGAUCGGAAUAGAACCAGAGAUCGGAGCUGGGUUCAAUGAGCACUUUUGCGGUAUCGACAGGACAGAGUGGUUGGAAAAUAAUUAAGUAAAAUAAAAUCAUAAAAAGUACGAAACAUCCGUGGACUUUCUGCGCCAAUAACUUCAGAAGUGGGAUCGUAGCCCUUUAAAGAAUCUGCCUACAUAAGUAUUUGUUUACUGGCAUCCCCGACAACGAGUAUUUUCCACAUUUUAUAAAUGGCUGAGGAAACCAUGGCAAACAUUGACAAAGAAAAAUUGUAGAGUGGUUGCUGGAGAAGGAGAUCAUUUUUCCAGCCAGCGCAACACUAAGGCAACUUCGCAAGCUUGCCAUAAGUGGUGGAAUGGACGAAGUUUCUGAAAGUCUGGUGAAUAAAUCGGAUAUUGAAUCGGAGGAGAAAGUGUCUGAAAAUGAGCAGAUCGACGAUAUGAAAGAAGAAGAAUUACUUGACGCCGCAAUAAGGGUUGCUGAGAAAAAGAAGAAACUGGCUGCCUUAAUGGUAAUGGACAACCAUGUGACCGAUGACAUCCGAAUGGUCAAGCAACUGAUUGCCCCUUUUUCUGCCAGUGAAAAUGAUGAAGCCUCUGAAUGGGUCUUGAAUUUUGAACGGAUUUGCGGAGACGUGAACGAAAGCAGCAAUUUUAAGCUUCGUUGUGUGCGCAUGUUGAUGAAGGCGGGAACAGAGGCGGACUUGUUCAUGCGUGUCGACAAAUCAAAGACUUACGACGAGUUCAAAGGAAACUUCCUAAAAACUUUUGGCCGUAGCAAUUCAACUGCCGACGUGGUACUCCUGUUGAAGGAAACCUUUUUCAACCCGGAGAAAAACUCCGUAAUGGGAUAUAUUCUUCGCAUGGAAGAAAUUGCUAUGCGUGCCGACAUCGAAGAGAAAUUGACAGUGCAGUUCAUCAUUGAUGGUUUUCGUGAUCGAUCUUCCAGUAUCGCCUUAUUGUAUUCAGCGUCGACCAUCGGAAAACUUAAGGAGCUAGCUCGACAAUACGAGGCUUUGAGGAAGAGUACCCAGACGAAUUUUAGGCGCACUGGGAUGACCGCUUCCGGAAAUGACCGGAGCCAGGUGCGCUGCUAUAAUUGUUCAGCACAUGGCCAUUAUGCUUCAUCGUGUCCCGCACCUAAGCGGGAGAAGGGAUCGUGUUUCCAGUGUGGAUCCAUGCAGCACCAGGUGAAGGAUUGCCAACAGAAGCCUAUGUCAGCCCAGCGAUCCGUGGAUACAGCCAGCAACCCGCCGAUGGACGACAGAGAGGAGAACAAUAUUUUUGUUCCUAUUGUUAAUCAGCGCUAUUAAUUUGAUGCAGCGCUCGGCGAUACCUUAUGAAAAUUUUGAUGGUGUACUAAGACCGACAGAGUAUUUUGGAGUUAACGGUUCGAGAAUAAGCAUUUUUGGAAAAAUAAUUGUCAAUUUAGUUUUUCAUAACAUUGAAAAAGAACUUAUAUUUUUCGUUGUACCAAACAACUAUAUUUCGUAUAAUAUCCUUCUGGGGCGCAGUUUCCUUGAAAAUUAUGGAAUAAAAUUAAUUUUUGAAAAUGAAAUUGAAAAUAGAGUAUUAGUGAACAGUGACUUAGAUGAAAAUAGAGUAUUUGUGAACAGUGACUUAGAUGAAAAUAGAGUAUUAGUGAACAUUGAGAGUGACCAAAUUGAAAAUGUAGUAUUGACAAAUAGAGACAGUGAGAUGAUGUUAUCAGAUAUCAAUAAUAAUGGAUUAUUGAAGGAUGAAAAUUAUGAGAAUAAGAUUAGUGUCCAAUUGAAUUGUAAUAACAUUGACCUUUUAUUGAAAGAUAACGAGCAAAAGCAUAUGGCAAGUGAAUCAUUAGAAAGAACCAACUUAGAUAUACCGUAUAUAUAUAGUAUUGAAAUAACAAAAGAAGAGGACAACUAUAAUAUCGACCCAAAGCGAACUGAUAAAGAACGUAGUAAAUUCAUGGAAUUGAUAAAACUUAACUAUUCAGACUUAACUAACAUUCCAGCAAUUCAACAUAACUACGAAAUGAAUCUCAAACUUAAAUCAGAAGAACCUGUACGCACUGUUCCGAGAAGACUUUCAUAUCAGGAGAAGAAAGAAGUAGAUACCCAAAUAGAUGAACUAUUGAAAAAAGGCUUCAUAAGAGAAAGUAAAUCGCCUUACAGCUCUGCAAUAGUAUUAGUUAAGAAAAAAUCAGGGGAAAAAAGAAUGUGUGUAGAUUACAAACAGCUUAAUAAGAUUUGCAUUCGUGAUGGAUAUCCAUUGCCACUAAUAGACGACUGCUUAGAGAGAUUAGAAGGGAACACAAUUUUUACACUUUUAGAUUUGAAACACAGUUAUCACCAAGUAAAAGUAGCAGAAAGUUCGGUGCAGUAUACAGCAUUUGUCAUACCUAGCGGACAAUAUGAAUACACAAGAAUGCCUUUUGGGCUUAUGAAUGCACCAGCAGUAUUUAUGAGAUUUAUUAAUUUCAUUUUACAACCAUUAAUUCGCGAAGGUAAUGUAGUAGUUUAUAUGGACGAUAUCGCUAUAGGUUCCAAGUCGUUGAACGAACAUCUUAUAACAGUAGGUAGAGUUUUAAGAAUUCUCGCAGAAUAUCGACUAGAAAUUAAGGUUAGUAAAUGUCAAUUUGGUUAUGAAAGUAUUGAGUUCUUGGGAUAUACCCUUUCUGGUAGGGGAAUAAGCCCAAACUGUGAACACACAGCAACCAUUAAGCAUCUGCCAUUGCCAAAAGAUCGCCAUGAAAUGCAAAAGGUUUUGGGAUUAUUCUCUUAUUUUAGGCGUUUCAUCCCUGCUUACUCAAGAAUAGCAAAACCAUUACAAGAACUUACAAAACCUGGAACUAAGUUUGAGCUUCAAGACAAAUGCAUACAAAUUUUUGAAUAUCUUCGAGAAAAACUGAUUUCGUCACCAGUAUUAGCUCUGUAUAAUCCAAAUCGAGAAACAGAAUUGCAUUGUGAUGCAAGUAGUGAAGGUUUUGGUGGAAUUUUGUUGCAGAAACAAGAUGACAAUAAGUUUCACCCAACAGCAUAUUUUUCACAGAGAGCGACAAAACUAGAGGCAAGAUACGAAAGUUUCAAGCUGGAAACGUUAGCUGUGAUCUAUUCAUUGAGGAAAUUUCGAAUUUAUUUAGAAGGGAUUCCGUUUAGAAUUAUAACAGAUUGUAACUCAGUAGUUUUAUGUUAAGGAAAGGGACGUCUUCAUUCAAAUAUCGCCAGAUGGGCCAUAGAGCUAGCAAAUUAUAAUUACACUUUAAAACAUCGUAGUGGAAUAUAUAUGUCCCAUGUGGACACCUUAAGUAGAUAUCCUUCAGCGCUUAAUCAAGAUUUUGAAUAUGAACCAAUAGUGACAAUUCAUGAAAGUGAUAACAAAGACCGAAUAGUUUCCGUGAUUGAGUGCGACGACAUUAAUCUUCAGCUUCAGAUAACACAAAACAGGGACAACCAUAUAGGAAAAUUAAAAGAACAAUUGGAGCAUGGACCUGUUAAGAAAUUUUCAUUGAGCGACGGAAUUGUUUAUAAAAUAGGUGAGAACGACGUUGAGCUGUUUUAUGUCCCAGCUGAAAUGGAAACGCAAAUAAUCAGAAGAGUUCACGAAAACUUAUGUCACUUAGGAACUGAGAAAUGUAUGAAAGAAAUCUUAAGACAUUAUUGGUUCCCGAAUAUGAGAUCUAAAAUCGAUUUGUUUAUAGGAAAUUGUUUAAAUUGUAUCAUGUUUUCAGUCCCCACACAUGCGAACAAUCGAACACUUCACAAUAUUCCUAAGCGACCAAUCCCAUUCGACACCUUACAGGUAGACCAUUUUGGACCACUUCCCGCUGUUAUAUCAAAGAAGAAGCAUGUAUUAGUUAUCAUUGACGCCUUUACGAAAUUUGUAAAAUUGUUUUCUGUAAAUAUGACAAGCACUAAAGAAGUCAACACAUGUUUUUCAAAGUAUUUUCAAUUUUAUAGUCGUCCACGUAGAAUUAUUAGCGAUAGAGGAACGUGUUUUACAUCAUUAGAAUUUAGUAAAUUUUUGUUAGAAAAUAAUAUAGAACACGUGAAAGUGGCAACUGCUUCACCCCAAGCGAAUGGUCAGGUAGAACGGGUUAACAGAACUAUGAAAGCUAUGCUCGCCAAAAUAACUGAGCCAAUAAAUCACGAAGAUUGGAGCAAACUUUUAAUAAAGGCUGAAUAUGCAAUUAAUAACUCAGUCCAUUCGACCACGAAAGAAUUGCCUUCAGUGUUGUUAUUCGGAGUCCAACAGAGGGGUUGUAAUAUUGACGCGUUAACAGAAUACUUAGAUGAUAAACAAGACCGAACUCAAAGCGAUUUAGAAUCAGUACGUAAGAAAUUUUUGGAUAAAAUCGAGCAUUGUCAGCAGAAGAGUGAAGAGUAUUUUGAAAGGAAUCACAAAAAUCAUAUUGAGUUCUUGAAAGGCGAUUUCGUUGUAAUGAGAAACAUUGACACCACAAUAGGUACAAAUAAAAAAUUUGUUCCGAAGUACAGGGGUCCGUACAUCAUCAAGAAGGUAUUGCCGAACGACAGAUAUGUGUUAAAUGACAUU